ACGGCCAAGAUGGCGGCGCCCAUGCGGCAGGCGCGCUGCCUGCUCUGGCGGGCGGCGACCCUGGGCCCCGGCCCGCGGGGCUACCGGGCGCCGCCGCCCCCGCGCCGCUCGCCGGGGCCCUGGUGGCCGGACCCGGACGACCCGCUGACCCCGCGCUGGCAGCUGAGCCCGCGCUACGCGGCCAAGCAGUUCGCGCGGCACGGCGCCGCCUCCGGGGUGGCGGCCGGGGCGCUGUGGCCGUCCCGGGAGCGGCUGCGCGAGCUGGAGGCGGAGGAGCGCGAGUGGUGCCCGAGCCUGGCGGCCAUGCAGGAGGCGCUGCGGGCGCGGCAGCAGGCCGAGGAGCGGCAGCGGCAGGCCAGGGAGCAGCUCAUCGCAGAGCGCAUGGCCCAGAUGCCACAGAUGAUUGAGAGCUGGCGGCGGCAGCAACAGGAGCGCAGGGAGAAAGAGCGGGCGGACAAGGAGCGGCGGGCCCGGUUGCAGGCGGAGGCCCAGGAGCGCCUGGGCUACCACGUGGACCCGCGGAGCGCCCGCUUCCAGGAGCUGCUGCAGGACAUGGAGAAGCAGCAGCGCAAGCGCCUCAAGGAGGAAAGACAAAGACAGAAGAAGGAGGCCCGAGCAGCUGCGAUGGCUGCCGCCGCUGCCCAGGACCCAGCCGCCUCUGCGGCCCCCAGCUCCUGAGCUGUGUCCUUUCCCAAUAAAGCUGCUGCCUGCCCGCGCCA